CACUAUACACACAGCAGGCUCAGCCAUUCGGAAAUGAUUAUUAUUAUUAUGAGAGAAACAAGGCAAGUUCUUUCCCCUGACAGGGACAUGUAAGCUGCACACAGAAACAACAGCGCUCACAAAGCACCGGCCGAAACCUGCUCGUAUGGAGUCACACAAACCAGUUUAUUCUCCCUACUGAGUUUCAGGUGCAGCCUUCCCGCCACGCCCUGACCCUCAGGGGAGAGGGGGAGGAGCCAAGGCGGGGCUGAGAGGGACGGAGAGGUGUAGGGGGAGACCGAGGCAGAGCAGCAGGUUGCGGGCUUUGGGGAACGUUGGCUCCGUUCUGGGCGCGGAGAAGUGAUUUGUUUCUGAACUUUCUGUUGGGUCAGAGGAUCCGAGGGGGCUCCCGCUGGGGAAUAGCAGGUGUUUAUACAGCUAUCCAGCUGGAAGCUUUCCAAGGAAUUUCUCUCUUCCCCCACUAAGGCUGACGAGACCCAUUUGCAGCCCCAUUUUUUGAAAUUAUGCAGGAAGACAUGGGCAGAACUGCUCUGCCCACUGGUUCAGAUAUAAUGAUGUGCAGUGUCAAUGACAGGGAUUCUAAGCCUAUAGGUGAAGACCAAAAAUGAGUCUCCAUGCUGUUUAAGGUGGGGCUUAAAUUCACCUUUAAUAUAGUGGAUCUGUAAAAUGAGGUUUCCUUUUAUAUGAUUGUGGUAAUCUAGGGAAGCGUCUUCAACGCCAUGUCUGCCAGGUUAUUUGAAAGUCCCCCUCCGUAUCACCCGGAUGAAUACGUGAGGUGGCACUGGGAAACGGUCAUAUGAUUGAUGUCCCAGAUCAGCAGAGAGACAUACGGAAGGUAGAGAUGAGACCUGAGCUUCUCAGUGGAUACAUUCCUGCUGGACAUAUACCAAAGCCCAUUGUAAUGCCAGAUUAUGUGGUGAAAUACCAGGAGGAAGAUGAACGGGAGCGAUACAAAGCGGUCUUUAAUGAUCAAUUUGCGGAGUACAAAGAGCUUCAUGCUGAGGUGCAAGCUGUUAUGAAAAAGUUCAGUGAGCUGGAUGCAGUAAUGCAGAAACUCCCAAGGAACCCAGAAAAUCAGCAUGAAUAUGAAAGGGUAGCAAAAGUUCUUCAGGAAUACCAAAAGAAAAAGAAUGAGCCAACCUUUUUAGAAAAGAAAGAACGAUGUGAAUAUCUAAAGAAUAAACUUUGGCACAUGAAGCAAAGAAUUCAGCAGUAUGACAAAGUCAUGGACUGGAAUGAUGGAUAUAAUUAGCACUGAUGUUAUUUUAACCUUAGUGACGGCUGUAAAUAUACUAAUGAACUGAACAUGAUCUUUCACUUGGUAGAAUUGCUUAGUGAGCCUCAAGUUAACUGUACCUUUAAAGACUGUAAAACGGCAGAUUUAAAACAACUUUCAUUGUGACCCUCAAAAUGCUUCUAAAAUAUUGGUAUCCAGUAAGAUCAUAGUUUAUAAGAUUGUUAUAAUUGUUUCCCUGUGUUCUAGAUGCACACUGAGUUUAACAGAGGCAGCCCGUGUGUUGCUCAAAGAUCCAGUUAUUCAGUUAUGAGACUGAAGUACAGAGCUUAAGUGAAAGCAAAAGAAGAAAUCACUAGGGGAUUCCAAUAUAUUAGUAAACACAAAGGUCAUUGCCCUCAAUUUGUUAGUCAGCCCCCAUUGUCUCUAAUAACUAGGCUGCUAUUCCAGGCUGGCUUUUUCCCUAGGCAUCCCUUUCAUGUCGCAUGUGCGCAACUGAAAACUGCAGAAAAUGUAUGCACCCACCCUGAACUGAAAAGGAAAGUAGAUACCCAGGGAAGUGCAUUUUUGCAGAAGAUUUCUUGCCUUAGGUAGCAGGUUAGCAAAUUUUUGUUCUCUUGUAAAGGAGUUGCCUACAGCUGCCAUAUUGAGUUUAACAUCUCAUUUAGGAACAUUAUGCAUUAUGUGUUCUUUGGGACUGAUUUUAUAAACAUACUAAGCACACGUGCUUUUGCUCAUAGCAUCCAGUCAGAUCUGUGCUGUCAUUUUUUAACUGGUAGUAGACUUUUUUAAGGCUAGUUUCUGAUAACUUGCUGUAACUCACUACAACUGUGCUGUUUAGCACCUAUGGUAGUAAGUGAACCCUAUUGAGAUUUAUUAUGGAUUAUAUUGGUUGUAUAUCUUUGUCUGGGACUGUUCUAUUUCUGUCUAUUUCUAUAUAACAUAUCAGACAUUCCUAAUAUACUAUUGAUCAGAUGGUACAAAAGUAAUAUUGCAGCAGAGCAGUUGGGACACACUGGCCAGACACCAUCAUCCCAUAAGUGAUGUGCUGGUUUAACCAAAUCCCAUUGGACCUGCAGGUUGGACGGGUUCAGGUUGAAAUUUGGGCAACCAUUGUGGAUUAGGAUUUUAGCCAAAAGAAUUCUUGGAUAUUCCAGGAAAAGGGACACUUUUCAAAAGUUUUGCCUAGAAAGAAUGCACAUGCUAUACUAAAUGAAGGCAGCAAUGAAAACAAUUUCAGUAACCACUUUUUUGCUUAUAUAUUUUCUGUUACACGUGUGUGUUCCAUUUAUUUUAGUCAAGGUGCUCUAGCUCAGUCUAAAGCUUGGCAUAUAUGCUCAGAUUUGCUUGGGAAAUCUGGUACUACUCUACCAUCUGGUCAUGUGUGACAGGAUAAGGAGCAAUUUAAUCUACUAAUGUGCCAUGUCAGUAUGGUGCAGGUGUUUUAGCACAUGAGAAAGUGAACAGGAGCUGUAGCACCUCUACACUGCUGCAGUACUGAUGGCACAAAGAAACCUGACAAUGCAAAGGUGCCUAUUCACACAUAUGGCCACUCAUACAGUAUCAGUCUAAUUGGCCAUACACCGUAGAGGCCACCUUAACAUAAUAUAAAAUUAUUUUGUAUAGCACAAAUCUGCAUCCUAAUGCAUUGCAUAUAUGAGAAAAGUAAGGAGAGAAGAAAAUAAACUACAGAAUUAUGGUA